AUGGCCACGAGUGAGCAGUUUUUGACCAAGAAAUACGAGAAGUGGAACAACUUUCAGGACGAUUCAGAUUCCGACAAUGAAGAAUUACCUCGUGUACCCACUCAAUUUGAUGUAGAAGGCGAUGCUAAUAUCGUAAUCAGCACAGAGAUGCUAUUAACACCUCAACAGGUGGAACGCUAUCGAAAACUGGAAAAGAAAAAGCUCGAGGUUUGGCAAGUUGUGGUACGCCAACUUCGUGUAUGGUCAGCAUCGAGCUCUGGUGCUGAAGAGGGACAAGAUGCCGUACCAUGUCGACCAUACUGCAUUUUAGUGAAUAAUUUGUAUCCACUUGGUCAAGUGGUAUCUAAGAAAAUCUGUCACCCACCUGAAGUAUAUCCAUCAAGUCAAAUAGUAUUGGAAUUGACACUACAAGCGAUGGUAGAUCCACCGAGCAACACGCCUCAACAUCGUCCAGACAAGAUUGUGUUUCCAGACAAGAAUUAUGUUGGACACUUACGUAAAAGCUACUCUGCUCUCGGAAUUGAGUGUUCAUACUUAUCUGAGUCAGAUGGCAUUGACGCAUAUAUUCAAGAGCUAUCGCAACAUUUGAUUCGAAAAGAUCUCGCAUCUGUAGCAGAAGUGAGCGAACGCCCUGGUUUGAUCUCUGGCGCUGGUGUAACGUCUGAAGCACUUGCCGCUUUUUACGCUGCGUGCGAACAAUACGCACAACUCGAACCAUGGAAUCGCUUUGCAGAACGUCAAGCUAUUCAAGUGGAUGCAGUGGGUAACGAAGAGCUUAGAUUAGACGCACGUCAUCACGUCGGUCGAGGCACCAUCUUUUCAUCCGUUAUAACCACGCACACAGAUACUGAAGGUACUGGUGAUAGCAGCAAUCAUAUUCGUGGCUUGGCACUAUUUUUUACACGUGCAGAUCUUGAACGUCGCGUAUUACCACCUGGAGAGCAACUUGCACUCAUGGAAAACCCUGAAUUACGUCGAUGUGCCAAGUGUGAUAAGCGUGCAAUCGUCGGUAAAGAACUUAAACGUUGUACACGGUGUCAAUGCACGUUUUACUGUGAUGCAGAGUGUCAACGUGGUCACUGGAAGGAUCAUAAAGUUAGCUGCACUCCACCGGGAAGUGCUAGUGGAGACCAAAAAAUUGUUUGGGGAGUGAAGGAAAUGUCGAUACUCUAUGGUCCACAGACUUCGGUUCCAUUUGACGACUUGGAUAUAAUCUCAAAGUUCUCAUUACCAAUUGCUAAAGUUAAAGGCGAGUCUUUAUAUCCCUCUGCAGUAGUAUUUCGAAAAGGUGAUCCAAGUGUACCAGACUUGACAGAACUGGUUUGGCUCACACGAGCAUUGAAUGCACAAAUUGAAGUGAUUGGAAAACAUCCUCUCUUUAUGCAGACGACAAUAAAGGAAUUAUUGGGAUUGGAUGAUUGUAACAGCGAGCCAAGUAAAUUGGAACUUAAGUGUAAAACGCUUGGAUUUGAUGAUCAUCUUGUGAUCCGAAAUAGUACUGUAUUGACUAUGCAAGAUGUAGAAAGAUUGCGCGAAAUGAUGAGGAAGCAAUCAGAUGGAGAUGAAGAAGUUAAGGAUCAGGUUCAAAAGAACAUGAACGAUGAUGAAAGUAUGACUCAUCAAGAUGACAAGCACGAGAGUAAUAACGAAGCCGGUUCAGUCCUUCAAGAUGACAACAAGAGCUGUGUGGUUAUGUAA